AAGAAAAUAAGCGAGGAAACCGUUGAACAUUCACACACUUCACAACGUUUUACUGCACUGAUAACACAUCUGAGGAGAGCAUCUGAAGACUCCAGAGAAGCAGAUGAGAGGAUUUGCUGAUUCACACACAUAUUAGGAGGAUUCGUGAAGAGGAUCUGGAGCCCUGAAUCUGCUUCUGUGGUUUCUGUCAUGCACUUGAUACUGAGGUUUACCUUCGUACUGUGGUCUCUGCGCAGAUCCGCUCAAGGAUCCCCCAGUGAGCCGUACAGCAGCUGUCCGGCAGGAAAGUCGUGUCAGGCCAGGUUUGGGAAUGGAGUCUGUGAUCAGGAUUGCUCGACUUCUGACUGUCUGAGAGACGGAUUCGACUGCCUCAAAGACAAAGGCACCUGCGUACCAGGACAUAUUCAGUACUGUCGAAAUCAUUAUGACAACGGCCACUGUGACCAGGGCUGCAACAAUGCUGCAUGCGGAUGGGACGGUUCAGACUGCCACAAAAAUCAUUACCCAAUCUGGGCCAAAGGCAGCCUGAUUCUCCACACCCGGAUCCCAUUCCUGAAGGGUCAGAUCCAGAACAGCUCUCUGCUGUGGCCCUUGAGCACCGUCCUGCAGACCAGCGUCAAACUCAGAGGAGCGGCUCCUCUGCAGGCCAGCGCAGACCUGUACACUGUAGACACACGGCAGCUCGCUGAGAUCUACACACACACUCCUGCUUCCGACAGCGAUGGGUCAGUGUUCUUCCUCCAGCUGGACAAUAGGCCCUGCUCUCGUCUUCUCUCCACCUGUUUUGAUUACGCUGCUGAAGCCGCUCACUUCCUUCAGGCCGUCCUGACACAAAACCAGCCCUCGUUCCCCAUGAUCCCGGAGAUCCAGACGGCCAUAAUCAGUGUUCGAGGAGUCGAUGAGGAGAUCGGAGCCAGAGAGGAGCCAAAACUGCCAAAAGAGGAACGCAAUGCUCGUGACUCUCCAGUGUGGAUGUGGCCUGUGGUCGGAGUGGCAACGGGUCUCUGCGUGGCUCUGGCCGUCAUCAUUACCGUGCUUUUACUGUGGUUAAAGAGGAGACGAGAGCGGAGGGAUGGAGCAGAUCGACUGCGGCACAGAUCCACACUCACCGACAGCAAUAACGCCAGCAAAGCCUGGACUCGACACUCGGAGGAGAAGAGAAGCAGGUCAGGUCGAGAGAAAGACAGAAACGGGAUGAAGAAGAACAAGAAAGGGAAGGAGUCGGGAAAGAGGCGUAAGGAGCCACUCGGCGAGGACGCAAUCCGCAUGCGACCACUGAGGAAGGAACUGGACAUCGGAAGCGACACUGAUGUGACCCAGAGCUCCAUGGAGGACAUCAAUAAGAGUAUCUGCGACCACAGAUCACCAGAACAAAAGCACUACAGUCACCAACAGCCCCGCAUGCUGGCUCCCCCUAGAGGAUGGGAAAGAAACGCUGUUCCUGCACCUCAAAGACCACCAAGAACCGCUGCCCCGGUGCAGUGGUGCGGGCCGGACGGGUCUGUGGUUCUGAUCCGGGCGGUUAGAAGUGGCCUGGACCGAGUGGUUCUGGAGCUGCUGAGAGCCGGAGUACCGGUCAAUAACACCGACCACACCGGGAGAUCUGCCCUCCACUGGGCAUGCUCAGUAAACCACCUCCCAUUGACACGGACUCUCAUCCGCUACGGUGCUGCAGUGGACUUACAGGACCAUAAGGGCGAAACAGCUUUGUUUCUCUCGGCUCUCCAUGGCUGCUUUGACACUGCUCGAUUCCUGCUGCUAAACGGUGCCAACCAAGACCUGACCGACUGCAAGGGCCGACGACCGCUGGAUGUGGCGCGAGAAGGAUUACAUCAUCAAGUUCUGGAGCUCUUAUUGGCUCACAGAGUUCAGAGGGCGCCAGUUCCUCUAGAUCCCUCCACUGAGGUGCUCUGGGAUGAUCGCACGUAUGUGUUUUCUCCUUGGGUCGCUUCACCUCCAUGUCUGCCUGGAAGAAGUGCCUCGUUUUCUGGGGUGAUAAAUCACAGAGGGAUGCCAACACCUCCACCAGAUGAUUGGCAGAUGGCCAGAGCUCAAUGCUCCUCCCCCCAAAAUUGGCGUCCAGCCCCCAACCAAUCAACAACAGCUCUGGUCAGCCCCAGGAUUCUGGGCCGUCCAUCUCGCCCAAUAAGCACUCUCCAGGAAGUGACAUCUGAAGCAGAAGAUGAGGAAAGAGAGCUUCUACAAGACAACGCUCGUGCAGCAACACCUCACUUCCUGUGUCCACAGCCAGCCCCUCGGCAGCGCUCCUUCUCCUGUACCCAGCAUGCCCUGAACCGCCGCUCCAGCAACAACCAAUCAGAGCUCUCCAUGGCCCAGCCAGCAGAUAAACUAGCUAAUGAGCCUGUGGAAAUAGUGACUGUGCUGCACCACAGAGAAUCAACCAGCCAAUCAGAAAGCAAAAUCCCAGUCAGCGGCUCCGGAUCAGCUCAGAUGGACUCUGAGAGGGAGAAUAUGAGGAACAACAAAAUCCAGAGCGAGAGGGUCAGCAGUGACUUCAACAUCACCAUCCAGAGCAGCAUGUGAGAGAACAAACAGAGAUGUUAGACCAGUGUUUCCCACCCCUGUUCCUAGAGGCACACCAACAGUACAUAUUUUGGAUGUCUCCCUUAUCUGACCCAUUAACUUCAGGUUAUGUUCUGAUGAGUUGAUUCAGGUGUGUUUGAUUAGCAGUGUUGGGGAGUAACUAGUUACAUGUAAAGGUGUUAUGUCAUUUAAUUACAAAAUAAAAGUAACAGUAAUUUGAUACAGUUAUUAAGUCAAAAUGUGUAACUAAAUUACAGUUACAUAUGAAAAUGUUAAAGACUACAAAUUGGGUUACAUCUAAAAAUAUUCCUUAAAAAUCUGGGAUAUGUUGAAUAAUAUUAAUAAGCUGGGGGGGGG